CAACAAUAAGUUUGCCUCGUAACGCCCGCAACUGGCAAAUGGCUGUUAAUGCUAAAGCCAAAUAGACGAGAGAUGGCCAAAAGUUUUGAGCAUAAAUCAACAAAUUUAUGAAAGAAGCGACCAGAAACCGAGUUUUGAAUAAAUGAUUUCGGUUUCUUUUGUGUUGCGUAGAGGAAGAAAAAAAAAAAAAAAUAAAUAAAAAAAAAGUAAAAUAAACGAGCCAAACAACAACAAAAUAAAGCACAACAAAAUAAAAGAAGAAAGAAAGAGCGCUGCCAGCUGGCUGCAGUAACAACGUCGGUCUGCCUCUCAGGCCGGAGACCAGAGACCAGACCAAAGACUCCCCCCCAGAAAAAAGAGCUUGUGCCCGCUCGCCAAAGCCAGCGCCAGAGCCAGCGCCAGCCUGUCCGGCCGAGGCCUGGCCUUAUGCAUACUUUCAUUUUAGAGACAAAACCGCAGCCGUCGCAUGGCUAUAAAAAGCGAAAGCAAAGCGCUGGAUUCGCUCAUAAAGACCGCAAAACUGCAAAAGUCAACUGCGCCCCGUGCCCGUUCCCGUACCACGCCACAUCAGGAUUAGCCGAAAAGCAAAAGAAAAUAAAAAUAAAAAGAAAAACAAGCAGCAAAUAUGGUUAAGCACAUUUACAUGACACUGGCUGCUCUGGUCAUCUUGGUCAUUGCUGUGAAUGCCGCACCCGCGCGAGUGGAGAACGAUGUUGAGGAACCUGAUUCGCCACCUGUAAACAAGGCGGAGAAGGCGCCGAACUCCAGCGCGGAUAGCGAUGAGAAGGAUGAGGACGACGACGACGAUGACGACGAUGAUGAUGAUGAUGAGGAGGAGGUGCAAAAGCAGGAGAGCGCCGAUGAUGACGACGAUGAUGAUGAUAAUGAUGAAGCGUUCAUUCGACGCCGACGUCGCGAUGCCGUUGAGCCAGCCAAGGAAACUGCUGAGGCUGCUGAGCUUCCUGCUCCCGCUCCCGCUCCCACUGCCGCACCAGCUGAAGUCGCUGUACCCGCUGAAGUCACAGAGGCCGUGGAGGCCGCUGCUGCUGUGGCGCCAAACGCUGAGAGCGCCACCACAAUUCCAACCACAAGCUCGCAGACAACGACGCGCAAGCCCGUGCUCGUCCUCAUACGUGACGCCCUCAAGAAGGUCACCACGGGCCUGCCCACCGAGCAGGUGGCCAACAAUGCCCUGCAGUACUUCCAGCUGUUUGAGCACUUCAUCCAGCAAACCAUCGAGCAGGUGAUUGACGCCGCCGAUGACGAUGAGGAGGAGACGCCCGCAGCAGCUGCCACAGCAACAGUUGCCAUCACGGAGGAGGACAAAAAACCCGAGACAGCAGAGACAGCCGAGACACCAGCCGAGACGCAGCCCGAAAAGCCAAACGAGUCGGCUGCUCCAGCUCCCGCUAAGGUGGAAACUGUUGUCCAGCCAGAGCAGCCAGCAGCUGCCAGCAAUGCAGUCUAGUUAGUAAUCCCCACCUCCCCUCCCCCCCCACUCGAAUACCUCAACUAUUUAUUUUUAACUAUUUAUUGUUAGCCAUA